AAAAUGGUGCCUCCCAAAGAAAGCAUAGAUUUGGAAUGUUUUCUGGUAACCAAACAUUCAUGGAAGGGAAAAUAUCGACGCAUUUUGUCAAUUGGAAAUCUAGGUAUUUCCACAUACAAUCCAGACAAAUUAGAUCUUACAAAUCGUUGGUCAUACUCGGACAUUGUAUCGGCGGCACCAUCCAAAACAUCGAAUAUACCCAAUGAAUUUGUGCUGACGGUCAAGAAAGACAAAAAACUUGAUUCAAUAAAGUUAUCAUCCGAAUACCGUAAUGACAUUUUAACAUCCAUUUUGAAAUACUACAAAGAAUUUGCCGAUAAACCCAAAAAUGCUCAUCGUUUUUCGGCCUACAAAUACCACUGGUCUGGUAUUAGUCUGCCAACAGUUUUGGAGGUUACACCCUGCUCAUUGGAUCAAUUGGAUCCAACAACGAAUGAAGUACUUGCCAGCUAUAUGUACAAAGACAUCGAGGGCAUAAUAGCAGGCAUUUCGGACUAUGAAGGUGGGAUUGUUAUGGCCUAUGGCGGCUUUAGCCGUUUACAUUUAUUCAAAGCCCUCAAUCAUCAUGAAAUUGUACAGAAUAUUGUACAAAAAUCAUUACAAUUUCUGGGCAUUGAGAUUAAAAUACUGAAAUCACAAAUAACACUGGAACAAUUUGAGAGGCAACGUUUUGGAACAUAUAGUGGUGAUCAAUUCCAAACAUCAAUGACUGAGUUUACUGUCCAAAAAAUAACACCACGCCAUCCAGACCCGGUAAAACGUAUACUCUGCCUCACCGAAACUACAAUACUGGAACGAGAUCCGCAGACAUAUAGUGUAUGCACGCUACGGCCGCUGUGUGAAGUAUUUGCCUUGGUGCGUGACAAAGAUAAUCUGCAGAAAUUUUGUAUUGAAUAUAAAAAUGGUAUUGUACGUUCAUAUACCACCAAUGAUCGUGAUUCCCUGUUGGCCACUCUAUUGGAUGCAGUACGUUCAAGUGGUAAUCAGGAUGUACAUAUACAAAUUGUCAAUACGCCGAGAGGCAAGCGGUAUGUACCGCUCAACAGUUGUGUCGACGAAGAGACCGAGGCUAACCUUUUGCGUUUGGUUAUGAAUAAUUUUCAAAAUCCCGCCAAACGUUAUGAAGUGUUAGAACGUUUCAAUGCAAAUGUUCCACAUAGUGGUUUAAAUUAUAGUGUAACACAGGAUAGUUUAUUUGCCGAGAACAAAGAAAAGCUUAUACUUAGUGCCCUUCAGGCUUUGGCCCAAAAGGAAGUCGACAAUCCAACAGCCCAGUUAACAAACCUAGAAUUAGAAGCCAUAUUCCAUGCCCUCACACGACUGCUUGCCAGCAAAGUAGGCUAUGCCGCAUUUACAAAUUUACCGGGUUUCCGUGAAAUAAUUGGCACCAAAAUUGUGGCCGCAUUGAGGCGUAAAGAUUUGGCCGUCACCUACUCGGCCAUUGAUAUGAUAAAUUCUCUAAUGCAUUCAGUUAAUUCGGAUCACGAUUUGAAGCAAGAACAACUCAACAAAUCCUCCAUAUUGUCAUCGAAAUCAUUUUUGGAAACUUUAUUGAAUAUGUGGACAACACACGUUAGCCAUGGCAGUGGUGCCUUGGUUUUAUCGGCCAUGUUGGAUUUUUUAACAUUUGCAUUAUGUGUGCCUUAUAGCGAAACCACAGAUGGCAAACAAUUUGAUAUUCUAUUGGAAUUAGUGGCCGAGAGGGGUCGCUAUUUGUAUAAAUUAUUUCAACAUCCUUCAUUGGCCAUAGUCAAGGGAGCUGGUUUGGUUUUGCGCGCUAUUAUUGAAGAGGGUGAAUUGCAAGUUGCUCAGCAAAUGCAAUCGUUGGCUUUGGAUGAGGCUGCUCUGUGUCGUCAUUUAUUGGUGGCCCUCUAUACACCCUCAAAUGAUCCAACUUUGGUAACACAUCGUCAAUUAUCUAGACAUUUAAUUGGUUUGUGGAUAACCGAUAAUGCCGAGGCAUUAGAAUUGUUUAAAAGAAUAUUUCCUGCUGGUUUAUUAAUGUUUUUGGAAUCGGAAGAAGCUGUGCCAGAAAACGAUGUAGAAGAAGAUAAAUUAAAUUUCCGUGAUAAUUUAAAAUUCGCCAUACAACAUUCCAACAAAACUCGCAAAAAUGUCAUAGAAAAGCAUUUACAGGGUAUUAAACAUUGGGGUAUGAGUCUAAUUGAACAGCAGGACACUGCUGCCCAAGCAUUAAAAAAUCGUCCCGUUGUUCUGCGCAAUCGCCGUCAACGUAAAAAGACUUCGGAAUCCGUUGUAAAUCUACCCUAUUUCUUUUAUAACUUUUCCAAGGAUCAUAGCCUGCCUAAUUUAAUUUGGAAUCAUAAGACAAGGGAAGAAUUGCGAAUUUGUUUAGAAAACGAAUUGCGACAAUUCAUCAAUGAUCGUGACUUGGCUGGCAAUACAAUAGUGGCCUGGAAUUAUCAAGAAUUUGAAGUAACAUACCAAUGCUUGGCCGAUGAAAUACAAAUUGGUGACUAUUAUAUACGUUUGAUAUUGGAAAAAGAUGAUUGGCCACAGAAUUUAGUUAAAGAUCCAGUGGAAUUGUUUAAUGCUUUAUACCGGCGGGUGUUGUGUCGCCAACGUGUAAAUGAUGAUCAACUUACGGUCACGUCAUUGCAGGCAUUGGCCAAAGUAUAUAAACGUUAUCACAAAGAAAUUGGACAAUUUAGUGAUAUGUCAUAUAUUCUGCAACUGUGUGAUCGAUGUUACUCACCCUCACUAAGAGAUGCCCUGAUACAUUUAAUAUCAUGUUUGGUCUUGGAAAAGGCUAAUUGUCGACCCUUGGUUGAUCAUGUUCAAUGCCUAGUUGAUCUAAUCACAUUGGCCCAUCUGCAUCAAGGUCGUGCCCAACCAAAUACCAAAACGAAUGUUAUUGAGGCUGGUCCCAAUAUGCAGCAAUACGAAGAAAAGGAUUGGUAUUAUAAUAUAGAAAAAGAGGGCCAGAAACCUGAACGUCAGGGUCCCAUUACCUAUUCCGAAUUAAAGGAGUUGUGGUCGAAGGGCAUAAUAACACCAAAAACUCGUUGCUGGGCAAUUGGCAUGGAUGGUUGGCGUUCGCUGCAACAGAUACCCCAGUUGAAAUGGUGCCUUAUUGCCAAGGGACAACCUUUGUACAAUGAAACGGAAUUGUCAUCCAUGAUCUUGGAUAUUUUAAUCAAAUGUACCAGCUUUUUCCCCUCUAGAACACAAAAUGGACAAGCAGUACUCAUUCCCGGACCUAAGCUAUCUCGAAAGCUAUCCGAAUUCAUAUGUCUACCCCACAUUGUACAGGUGUGUUUAACUCACGACCCCGGUCUGUUGGAGCGUGUUGCCACGCUGCUAUGUCAAAUUAUGCAAGAUAAUCCCGAAAUGCCCAAAGUCUAUUUGACGGGAGUCUUCUAUUUCAUGCUGAUGUACAGUGGCAGCAACAUUUUACCCAUUACAAAGUUUCUUAAGAUGACCCAUAUGAAACAAGGUUUUCGCAGCGAAGAGACCUCCCAGUCGGGUAUAAUGCAUCGUAGCAUAUUGGGUCAAUUACUGCCCGAGGCAAUGGUAUGCUUUUUGGAAAAUUAUAGUGCUGAGAAAUUUGCCGAAAUAUUUUUGGGAGAAUUUGAUACCCCCGAAGUAAUUUGGAGUUCAGAAAUGCGUCGAUUGUUAAUCGAAAAAAUUGCAGCACACAUUGCUGAUUUUACACCCCGCCUUAGAGGCCACACUAUGGCCAGAUAUCCAUAUCUUGCCAUACCUGCUAUCAGCUAUCCACAGCUGGAGAAUGAACUAUUUUGUCAUAUCUAUUAUUUGCGGCAUUUAUGUGACACACAAAAGUUUCCCAACUGGCCCAUUUCGGAUCCGGUACAAUUGCUGAAACAUACAUUGGAUGCAUGGCGCAAGGAAGUUGAAAAGAAACCACCACAAAUGACCGUCCAACAGGCCUACAACGAUUUGGGUAUUGAUUUGAAUAAACAUCCCAAGCCGGAUGAGUCGAUGAUCCGUAAGAGCUACUAUCGUUUGGCUCAAAUUUACCAUCCCGACAAGAAUCCAAAUGGUCGUGAGGUAUUUGAAAAGGUCAAUCAAGCCUAUGAAUUUUUGUGUUCCAGAAACGUAUGGAGUUCUGGUGGACCAGAUCCCAACAAUAUUGUUUUGAUAUUAAGAACCCAGAGCAUAUUGUUUGAAAGAUAUGCUGAUGUAUUACGUCCAUAUAAAUAUGCCGGAUAUCCUCAACUCAUUAAAACCAUACGCUUGGAGACCAAGGACGAUGAAUUAUUCUCCAAGGAGACUCAACUGUUAACUGCUGCCUCUGAACUUUGUUACCACACGGUACACUGUUCUGCCCUUAAUGCCGAGGAAUUGAGACGCGAAGAAGGCAUAGAGGCUUUGCUGGAAGCCUACGAUCGUUGUGUAUCCAUUAUGGGUGCAGAUUCCAAACCCGAUUCAUUACACUAUCAAGUUAUUUCCAAUGUUACACGCUGCUUUGAGGUGGCCUGUAACUUUGAGAAAUGUAAACAGAAAAUUAUUACCCUGCCUCGUUUAAUGUCCGAUGUCUGUCGGGUUGUUUACUUCAAACACAACUUGUCGGUUAGUUUGGUAACCAGUUUGGCCGCCAAUAAUUAUGAGUUGCAGUGUAAUCUGGCCUGCAAUGGUGUUCUGUGGUCUUUAUUACUAUUCUGCUUCGAAUAUGAUUACACCUUGGAUGAAAGUGGUGUCGAAGCCAGUGAUAAAACUAAUCAGCAGCAGCAAGCAAAUACGCUGGCCAAAAUGUCCAUAUUGGCUUGUAUAGCAUUGGCUGGAUAUGGUCUAGAAUUGCGUAAUAAACCAGAUGGUAAAUCCCUUAAUUCGUCGGGUAAUAAUUCACCAACAACGAGUACAGGUUCAAAUGCGGCAAAUAAGCCAAUCACCCAGGCACCCAGAGUUAAGCCAACAACCUAUACUCAAAAUGCACAAAAUCCCCUACAAAAUAAACAACUUGCCAUAACAACGGGACAGGAAGUGGGUGUUAGUAAUGUUGCUGCCAAUAAUAAUGGAUCAGCAGCCGCAACGGCCACCAUAGCCACCAUCUCCACCAAACAAGACUCAGCAAAUGAUAAGUCUGAAGCAACCUCACCAGAACGCACGGCAAAGGUGUUGGAUCUGUUGAGUCAAAAAUAUAUUGUAACAUCGGAUGCUCAAAAUGCUGUUGUCAUACAAGUUCUGGAACGUCUACUAACCAAGUAUAUAGCCAAUAAACUAACAAAGGAGAAAGAUUGUGAGAUUUUAAAAAUCCUUACAUCGAACACCCGAAAUCCCUAUUUAAUAUGGGACAAUGGUACACGAGCUCAAUUAUUAGAUUUUCUGGAACAACAACGAACAGCUGCAGUUAAGGAAACCUAUGAAGACAUUACAGAGAUACAUGAUUUGGUGGCACCAUUUGAAUUUGAUGCACACAAAGAUGAAUUACAAAUUGGAGGUGUUUUUAUACGCAUCUAUAAUGAUAUGCCAACAUUCCCCAUACAACAUCCCAAACAAUUUGCUUGCGAUCUAUUGGAAUAUCUGAAACAAGCCUACCACUAUAUGAUGUGUAUGAAAAAUUCCACUCAAACAAUACCCUACACUACUACGACGGGUGGUGGGGGAGGAUCUCCAACUAUGGGUGCUGGUGGUGAUGGUAUCUUAAAACCUACCUUGGCACCAAAUCAUUUACAGCUGAAAUUGCAACAUCAACAACAGAAAUCCGCAACAACUUUCGAUGAAGUCCUAAAUGCCUAUAAUCGUUCUAAAUCACGUAAAAAGUUGGAAACCGAAGCCCUGUUGGAACAGCAACGUAUUCAAAGUCAAUAUAAAUAUGAUUUUGCCAAGGACGGCAAUGUUGAACAGCAUAUUGUAAUGGUGCUCAAAGCAUUGAUUGCUGUCAUCAAGGCAAAUCAUGAUGUUGAAAUCCAGUGUAUAGGAAGCUUUGAAAUGAUAUUCGGAUUUUUGGCAAAUAAUCUAUUUAAUGAUAAUACCACUGUGAAAACGGUGGCAUUGGAAGUUGUUGCCUUAGUGUCUAGGAACAAGGAUUGUAUAACAGAAAUCGCAGCCUGCGAAGUAUUGGGUAGCUUUUUAGUUGCCCUCAAGGAUCCAGAUUUAAGAGCCAGUCAAGUUAAAGUGUUGGAAACACUGUCUGGCCUAAUGAAUGUCCAGGAAAUGAUUAAGGAGGCCCAACAUAAAGGAGCUGUUAUUUAUUUACUGGAUAUGUUUUGUAAUUCCCGCAAUCCCUUAAUAAGGGAAAUGUGUGCUGAGAUAUUGGCCAAAAUGACAGCCGAUCGAUUAAGUGGACCAAAGGUUCGCAUAACGGUAACUAAAUUUUUACCAGCGUUAUUUGUGGAUGCUAUGAUUGAAUCACCACAAACGUCGGUACAAUUAUUUGAAUCCAUACACGAACAUCCUGAACUGAUAUGGAACGACAAGACCAGAGAUAAUGUGGGUAAUGCGGUCAAUGAUAUGUGUGAAAGUUUCUAUCGGGCCCAAAAACUAAAUGCCAAACAUGCCUGGAAAGAUCCUGAAAUACUCAAAGAUAUCAUUUCCAAUGAAAUUGUGGUGGCCGGGGUCUAUCUACGUCUCUUUGUGGCAAAUCCCGCCUGGACUCUACGUAAACCCAAACAAUUCCUAUCGGAUCUCUUAGAUUUUGUAGUCGAUCAAAUAAGCAAAAGUUCUUCGGAGAAGGAUGUUUUGGAUCUCUCAACGACUGCUUUAGUUGAAUUGUUACGUUCGCAGCCAAACUUGGCUGAUGAUAUUCCUGUAUUGGGUCACAUACCCAAAUUAUUUAAUCUAUUGUCCGUACAACCAAAGAAUACGUUGUCAGUAUUACAUCAAUUGUCAUUGUCUGAGUUUUGUGUAAGCUCCAUAUCUCAAACGGAAUGUAUAUUGCCACUGAAAAAAUGCAUGGAACACAAUCGUGAUUGCAUAGAGAAAUCAUGCGAAACAUUAAGUCGGCUAUUUAAACACCAACAUGAUUCCUUAAUAAGUCAAUCCCUGGAGGCGGGUCUUAUACCCUACUUAUUGGGCUUGUUGGAUAGUCGCCUAGAUUAUGUUGAUAAUGCCUCGGCAGUUAAGGCACAAAUUGUGGCUGCCCUCAAGGGCAUGACAACAAAUCUCAAUUAUGGUGAUCGUGUAAAUCAAAUACUACAGAAGCAUCCUGUAUGGGCUGAAUUCAAAGAUCAACGGCAUGAUCUAUUCAUAACCGAUACCAAUGUUAGGGGAUAUUUGACGGGUAUCAAUCCUACAGCAGGCUACCUCACUCAAGGACCGGCACAAAAUGUUGAAGUGCUUACCUCACCACCACCUAUAGACCGAGAUGAUCCAUCUGCACGACCUCCAGAGGAAUAAUAUUUACCCUUUAAGAACAUUUUUUAAUGUUUUCUAUGGCGGCGUAUUCAUUUCCUUUUC